CUCUUCAAAGAAACUGCGUUUUUAGGGUUUUCCUUGUUUACAGAGAGGAAGCCGAAGCAGAGAGAAAAAAAAAUGAGUCAAGUGAAGAAAAUGGCUGCCCAGAAAGGAGGUAAGAAGAAAGGAUCAAGUUUCACAAUUGAUUGUGCAAAACCAGUUGAAGAUAAGAUUAUGGAUAUCGCUUCUUUGGAGAAGUUUUUACAAGAAAGAAUCAAAGUUGGUGGUAAAGCUGGUGCUCUUGGUGAUGAAAUCACUAUUGUUCGUGAUAAGAGCAAGAUUACUGUUAACUCCAACAACCCUUUGUCCAAGAGGUACAUGAAGUAUCUGACCAAGAAAUACUUGAAGAAGCACAAUGUCAGGGAUUGGUUGAGAGUCAUUGCAUCCAGCAAAGACCGUAAUGUGUAUGAAUUGCGAUACUUCAACAUUGCUGAAAACGAAGCUGAGGAAGAGGAUUAGUUUGUUUUACUUGUUAAGUCUUUCUGCUAGUUUUGUAAUAUCUUUACCAGUUUUAGAUUUCAGAGUAGUGCCGUGAAUUGGUGAACACAAGUGUCUUUUUCUUUUUUGGUACCAAAAAGUUUCAAGAAUUAAUGUUCUGGCUUGUUAAAACCUUGCCUUAUGUUUCGUUUGUUCUUAGCAUGUGCAUUAUGCAUGUUUACUUUCUA